CCCCCACCUUAAAUCAGAAAUUAUACACCCCCAAAAAGAAAAGAAAAAAAGCACAUUUUGUUAAUUUAUAAAAAUAUGUUUAAAGAGUGAAAAAAAUAAAAAUCAAAGUUGUUCCCUAAACUGAGGUAAAGGUUUCAACAUUGUUGUUGUCUUGGGUCUUUGGAACAACAAGCUUAAGGUUUCUUCUUUCUUCUUGAGCCACACAUUUAUUUUUGUUUUCAGGUGAUUCUAGUAAGAAGUGAGAAGACUUUCAGAAAAUAGCAAUUAAAUAUAUACAUAUCAAACUAUAAAAGUGAGUAAAGCAAUGAAUCAAAAGGGUGAUCAAUACUUUGGAAGCAAAUCAUCAUCAUCAUCAAAAUCCCAAUCUCAAAUAAUUUAUUGGGCAGACAACUUCCGGCAAGAUCCACACUCCUCCAACAAUCUAUCAUUAGAUUGCAAUUAUCAUGAAAACUCCAUCAACCUCAACGAUGAACAACAAUUUCCCAUGUCACCUUUAGGUAAAUAUGGUGACCAACAACCGAAGCAAGAGUUAGAACAUGGUGUUUUUCUAACGGAUCACAAUCAAAUGAUACGACAUGAGUACAACGUCCCAUUUUCUCAUCAAACUAGUUACUACGAGGGAAUGCAUUCUUCCAAUGGAGUGGCACUGCCUGCAGAAUCAUCAAAGUAUGAGCCGAUCUAUGUAAAUGCGAAGCAAUACCAUGGCAUUUUGAGGCGAAGGCAAUCCAGAGCUAAAGCAGAGAUGGAGAAUAGGGCUGUUAAAUCCAGGAAGCCAUAUCUUCAUGAAUCUCGGCACCUACAUGCGAUUAGAAGACAACGAGGCAGCGGAGGUCGUUUCCUCAACACAAAACACCAUCAUUCUUCCAAUUCCACCACUCAAUCAUCAUACUAGCUUCUACCAACUACGUAGUACUUGUUUAAUUAGCCUUCUUUUCGUUUUUGGUUUUUCGUUUUAUUAAACACCACCCUUCUCAUAUCAUAUGAUGCAUACAUACAUGAUACAUACAUGAUACAAUAUGGACCAGAUGUGUAUUAUUAAUUACAUUGUUCUACCUAGCUAGCUACUUUAGACGACUCUAUGUAGUAUCAAAAAUACACUAUGUUUUAUUGUCUUGUUUAUCAACGACUGUUUAUUGUUGCUAUAA